CCCAGGGAAAACCCGUGAAUCUUCUGGUCUGGAGUCAAAGAGUUCAGCUGCUCUCAAUUUUACGUUCACUCAUUCCCACAAAUCACCCAUCGCCCAUCACCAUCGGCCUAAAAUGGAUACCUGCAGUCUGUUUGAGGAAGACGAAGUUUAUGUUUACAAUUCAGGAAAAGGUUAUAAAUUCGGUUUAGUAUUAGAAAACUCUGAAUACGUAAGUAGCAGUGAUGAAGAUGAGACCGACAAACCAGAAGAUCGUCUCCAAAAAGGAACUGUUCGAGUUGCAUGGCACCCAUCCGGCAAAGAGACGGUGGUCCCUGAAAACAAGGUGAAACUGGUGGACAGAUCUUUGAUGCCAGGGGAUGUUGUACGUAGGCUCAUCCCUGGUCAAGACACACAGUGUGGAUUUGUCAUGAAUAUGGAAGUUCGAGCUCAUCUUCACAUUCUGCGUUCAAACAAAUACCUUUAUAAUGUGGAUUCAAAAGAUUUGGAGCCUAUACUGAAAUUUGAGAGCGGGCAGGAGGUGAUCUUAGACUUGUGGUGGGGCAAGGUGGAAACCGUCAUAGUGGACACUGUACUUGUCUUUGCUGACGGCGCCAGGUGCAGGGUUGAUGAGGGUGACAUUGUGAUGUAUGAGGAUAUAACAGAAAAACAAAGGCACGGAGAGUUCAGCAUGUGCCUCCACUACCCUGGUCAGAAGCUCCGAGGUCCCAUGGAUGCUUUGUGUGAUGCGAAAUGGCUGCACUCUACCCCGCGAUACGGUCACAAAGCUGCUAACAAAAUUGGGAAAAGCCAAAUUGUUUAUGUUACCAUUGAAAAGAUUGAAACGAGAAGUGUUGGUGUGCACUGGGUAUUUGGAGGCAGCAACGGGCCAGAUGGUGUCUCUACUCCUCCUCCUCGCAGCAUUGAGGGAGAAGCUGUCGCUAGAUUGAAGAUCCUGGACUGGUUUAGCGGCUGCAGCCUUCAAAUUGGGGAUCGCAUGCUCUACCGCAUCAAGAACGAUGAUCACCUUGUGACCGUAGAUCCUGGCAAAGCCUAUGACCCCAGCACUGCCAUGAUCAAAGGCACAGGGAUUCAGAUUGUGCAGGGAACAGGGGACACAGGCCACGACAAGAACAAUGAUGAUGCGGGCGGACCGAACAAUGAGCAAGGAGCGAAGGACGGAGAUGAUGAAGGAGAUACAGACUAUGAGGAUGUGGACGAAGGAGAAGAUUCGGACGACGCAGAAGACGAAAAGUCGGGCUCUGUUGGCAGUCGUGCAGCGGGAGGGCGGGGCAAGAAGAGAAACAAAGGAGGCUUCAAGCCAGGGUCUCUCCGGCACAAAGCCAGCAAGCAAAACCCGAGGACAGCUUGCAAAAGAAGUGGGAAAGAACGUGUAGUGAAGCCUGACAUGGUAGUGGAAGUAGAGGCCGAAUUCACCACCUCUUGGGCUAAAGUGAUGUGGCAGGAUGGCAGUAUUGAAAGUGACAUCCCCUCUGUAGAACUCUUCCCUGUACAUCAUUUAGAUGAGCUGGAAUUUUUUCCUGGAGAUUUUGUCCUCUCUAACAUUGAUCUUGUGGAACCAGCCGACUAUGGUGUGGUGGCCAGUGCAGACCACGCUGAGAGGACCUGCAAGGUUCACUGGUACCAGGUCUACGAUGCUGGGAAAGCCGCUGUCAACUCGGUACCUAAGUUGGUAGAAGCAAAUUGUGAGAUGAGUGUGUACGAUCUCAAAGAUCACCCAGAUUACAAGUUUCGGCCUGGUCAAAGUGUUGUACCCGUUGGAGGGGUUGAGAAUAGAACAGAGGAAAACAGCAGCGCCUGUCAAACUGUUGGUCAAAUUUACGAGCUGGACCCCAACGGUCAUCUGGUGGUCAAGUGGGCUGAUGGGAGCAUAAGUCAGCGUUAUCCUCAAGAGGUGUUCAUAGUUUCUGACGAGGCGGACGACGACUCUGAUAACGACGAGUGGGAGUCCGAGUCUGAUUAUGAAUCCAACGCGUCUUCCAGGGAGUCUUGGGAGACCGAGUCGGAGCAGGAAGUUGUCGGGGAAGAGGAAGGAGCGAAGGCGGACAAGGACGACAGCGGCUGUGACCAGGGAGCCCUGGCUGAGCACAAACAGGAACUGGACUCCCUGCUGGGCCGCGCCGAGUCGGCUCUGGUCCGCCUGCAGAAGCUGCUCAACACUUUCGACGUGUCCGUCUCCGCCCCGGAUUGCUUUCAUGAUAUCAUUCGGAUUUAUCGCAACUGCCACGAUCUGGAUAAGAUUCUAAAAUCGUCCUUUUUCAGCGACCCAGAACUCCAGCUCUUGAUCAGCCAGGCGAAGCAAGAGCUGAAGAGGGACAAAACCAACAAGAUCUCGAAGCACCUCACACAGCUGUUUGAGGCGUGGAGCCAGAGUAUGCCUGCCACAGGGAACACCAGUCGCACUUUUGGCUUGGUGGGAGUGGAUGGGAAGACCAUAACAUUUGGCCCCAUGAAGAACAGUGCUUCGUCCCUAGAUGUUUUGGUAGAGAUGCCGGCUACAGAGCUGAGUGAUGGCGCGAGGAAACUGGACGAUUCUUCUGAAGAGGCAGUCGGUGCCACUGGUGGCAAAGACAUUGCAGUCGACAGAGAGAAAAAUGUCUGUGGUGAUCCAUCGACUUCAGCAGAGAACCUGAUGGCUGCUAAAAACCUUGAGAGCAGGGUUCUGAAAAAAGAAUUUAGUGAGCCGGCUAUAGGAAGUCUUGAUUUGCACACUGAAGCGAACGGCCGUAGACCCUCGGAUCCCACUGUGGAAGGAAUGAGUUCAGUACAGCAUGAAGCUAAGAGGGGCGAGGCCAAUUUGGUGGGAGAAAACUGUGUGGCAAAGGCCUCCAAGCGAGUCAAGUCUGACAGCUUUGAUGAGUCUGGGAGAGAGGCCAAAAAGAGCAGGGAUGACACUAAAUACUCGAACCAAGUCGCCCAGGAGCUGUGCUUCAAAAUUUGCAAAUGCCUUCAAAAGCAAAUCCUGCUCAUCCACGAGGACAUGAACAAACGAACACAACGAUUGUUUUCCUCGUGUGAAAGUCAAGCUGCCUGCGAGGGCAAGACAGAAUCUCAGGCAGGGGGCAACGCUGCCAAAAGUUCCAGCACAGAACUAUGCAAACAAGAGUUGACAGAAUCCGCUGCUAGCUGUGAUAAACAACCAAGCAAUCCUGUGAUUUCUCCUUCUGUUGUGAUGUCCGAGGCAGAACACAAGGGAGGAGACUCUCUAGCUCAAGACGUAACUUCCACUUUGGAGGUAGAAACCGAUUCUGUUCCUGUAUCUAUAGACGAGUGCGGAGAGAGGGUGAACGAGACGGAGGCCGCCGUCGCAUCUGGCAGGAAGCACGGUGGCGACGAGAAGGGUGACAUGGCAGCCGCCCCCGCCCCCUCCACAGACGUAGACACAGGGCAUGAGGCCAGCUGCGAGUCUCCGGCAGAUCAAGAGGACGAUGACAUCACCAGCACAUUCAGCGAUGUCAAGAGCGAGGAUGUGCCGUGCAAAGGUUUUCAAAUGGAUUCAGAGGUGCCACAGUCUCACGCCUUUGUGAAAAAAGAAAGUCAGCCCCCUAAUCUGAGGUCUUUCAGAACAGCUGUGAAGAAAGAGCUGAAGCUGUUUCAGACAAGUCUUCCAGACGGAAUAUUUGUUCACGGAUUUGAGGACCGGCUUGACCUUUACUCUGUGAUGAUCUUGGGGCCUGAUGGAACUCCAUACGAAGAUGCUGUCUUUCUCUUUGAUAUCAUGCUGCCAAACGAUUACCCCACCUCUCCACCGAUAUGUCACUACCAUUCCUACUGCAGUGACCGCCUUAAUCCUAAUUUAUACGAAGAUGGCAAGGUGUGUGUCUCCCUGCUGGGGACGUGGUCGGGCAAAGGCACGGAGGUCUGGACCCACAAGUCUAACCUGCUCCAAGUGUUGCUUUCUAUACAAGGUCUGAUCCUGGUGCGAGAGCCCUACUACAACGAAGCAGGCUUUGAGAGGCAGAGAGGCACUCAGGUGGGAGAAGAGAACAGCCGCAUGUACAAUGAGAUGGCCAUCCUAAAGACGUGCCAGUCGCUCACGGAAAUGUGCAAGAGGCCCCCAGAGACGUUCAAGGAAGAAGUUCUUCGCUACCUGCUCAGUCAUGGACCCAGGAUGAUAGCCAGACUGCAGCAGUGGGUGGAGAUGAGCGAAUCCAAGAAAGUCCAGCCGGGACGACACCAGAGUGGGGAUGACAGCAUCAGCGGCCCGUCCAGUUCUGCCCAAGCCCCGCCCACCACUUCUGUCAGUGCGGGUGAAGCUCUGCCCACCACUUCUGUCAGUGCUGGCGAAGCUCCGCCUCCUCAGGAUCCCCUUUCAGUAUUAUCGUCCCCAACCCCAGCGACGGCGACGCAGGCAGGUAGCACCGUGCCGGUAGAAGGGGAGAUGACUGGCGUCGCUGGAGGUGCUCGCUCGGAAGUUUGCUCGCCGACUACAGCGGCAGCCAGUGGCUCAUCACAGUGUGUGAGAGCGAGUGACAGUACAGGAGGUGAGAGAGUGAGUGACAGUACAGGAGGUGAGAGAGUGGCUCCCCCGGGUGGUGUUGGAGCACCGAAUUCUGGGAAGGUCCCGGUAGCCGACGGUCUACAGUCUUUCACAUCGUCUAACGAAGCUGCUGCCGAAGUUACAGAGAGAGGCCAGUCUGCCGGCAGCGAGUCUGUUGCCGCAAGCAGUGACACUGUUGCCUCUUCCGCCGCGGGAAAUAAUACAGCUGAAAACGUCUCGAGCCAAAAGAAGAAAUUGUCUGAAGGUGUAGACCGGACAGAGGAGAAAAAGACAGUUGACUCUGUGCAUAACAAAAUGGUGUCAGUCUCCGACCAGUUACAGAAUUUGUCUCUGAGCCAGAACGAUCCUGGUGAGGCAAACGGGAAACAGCCCCGUGUAGACUCGAACUGCGAACCAGUCUCGGCCGACGGCAAGAAAGAUCCCGAGUUCCCUCUGUUCCCCAUGUCCCGAGGGUUUUGCAUCACUCUCCGGAAGCACUUGAGGCUGUACAAGAAGUCUCUAGAACAGCUCUCUUCCAGCCUCGUGUCCAACUCCAGUUAAUGAAUAGACCAGAGGGCUACUAUCACUUAGAUAUAUAGACAAAUUUCUUCCCCCCUAACUUGUAUGCCUUUUUGACAUCCUUUGAUUAACAUCCUUUAAACAAAACAACAUGCAUGUGAUUGACAUACGUCUAUAGUAUAAACAUUGUUUUGUGGCUUGGGCUUGAAUGUAUGAGUGUUUAUGGUUUAAUGUCAUUCAGUGCUGUUUUGGUUGGUUCCCGUGCAGUGAGGUGGUGCUAGUUAGAAAAGUUUGAAGUAGAUGUUUUACAUCCCAGCUGCUGAAGUGUGCACCUGUAGGUUCCAGCUUGUCACUGUGAUUGCCGCAUCACCCCGGGCGUUGAAUCAUUUUGAGCUUGAUUCAGUCGUCUUUGUCCUUGGAUUUUCUGCUGUAACUCUUUGUUCAUUUGUACUGGUACAUUGUCAGAAGUUAAAAUUCACGUCUAAAAUUAGAUAUUGUACUGAACCUCGCAUCUAAUGAAUUCAUGGGGUUUGACCAUAGGUGUCUAUUUUUUCAAUGCAACGUUUUGGUGGUAGUAAAGUUUCAUUUUUUAUGGAAGUAAACCCCCUAUAGUAUUUUUUAUUGAUGAUUCUCUGGGGACAGUCAUUAGACUGUAAAUGUCUUGUGUUGCGGUGCUGUGUUUUUGACAAAUAUUGGCUGCUUUUUAAAAAAAACUAUUUCAAUUAAAUGCCAAUUACUUUCAAGAGAUACUUUUUACCUCACCGAUGCUGUUAGUGAAUGGACUCUGUGAGGGCCAAGCAUUUGACAACAGGCUCAGAUGAAAUAGUAUCACACUACCUCUUUACCUGCCCUGCACUUAGCAACCUGCGUAGUACCUACCUACCUGCCUCCCCAGACAUCGGAAAUACUCUAUACAGCGACAAAGCACAGCUGAUUAAAACCUGUAGAUUCUUUGCCAUAUCGGCAGGCCAAAGGGCUAAAACUCAAAUGGCCGCUGGAUGGGAAAAGCAAAAUAAAGUAAAGACAACAGGCACACAUGUCUACUCUAGUUCCCAACACAACCCUGCCAAGUACCAAAAUCUCUGAAAACUUUGGGACAUCAAUGGUGGGGGCACCAAGACAACUGAUACCUUUGGCUAAUUAGCAGGCAAAGCCAUGUGACUAAGCACGAAGUGAGCGUGUGGCCAAAUGCUGGAGUUUCAUUAAAUGCGAGGUUCACUGUAGUGAGCUUGUGGGUGAGUCUGAGGUUUUGGGUGUUGUUAGAUAAAGUUAUCUCCCUUCCAGCUGUAGUGUCAGGACUAGCUUGAAACUAGACUUGUAUCUGGCAUGCACUGGGAACUCUGUUGAAAGAAGGCCAGUAAUUGUUUCUGUCUGGCUAUUCAUGGAGAUGCUUCAGAUAUAGCAACUCUUCAGAAUUUUUGCCUAUUCUCAUCUCAUGCUCAUUUCUCAAAUCUUCAACAUUUUUCAGCUCUUGUUUAUUGCAACACCGCUCAUGUAUAGAUCUAGCCUGCUCAAUUUUCCAUUUGCUUGAUAGUAUUUUUUUUUUGUAAGUUAAAGUCAGUUGCAGUAUGUUUAUUGACAAAACUUGAGAGCUUUUUUGUGAUUAUUGCUCCAUUUUUCAGAUCAAUUUCGUAUCAUGGUAUAUAACUGGACUUGAGACAACGUUAUGGGUCUUAAGAAGGUUUCGUAAAAACACCUUGUUGUACUCAAACCUUCAAUCUUUUGUCUUCACUCAGCCAAUUAAAAGCCUAGAUCAUGAAUCGUGGGAUGGAUUACCAGGCUGUUUUGUGCAAAUUUACAACCCAAUGCAUUUUUUCCUUUUUGUGAUACCUCAAGCACAAGACAGACUUGUAAUCCAGGAUUGUACAUCUGUUUGUGGAUUAUUUUGAAUGUGAAAUCACGCACCAGUUGCUCAUCUUGAAGAUCACAAUUUUUGGUUUAGGUCACUGUUUCUCGAUGUAAUUGUGAAGGUAUGUAGCCGCCGCUUGACUGUGCUUUUAUCUUCUUUUGUUGGACACCAGCAGGUUAUGUUUCUCACUUUGCUCAGUGAACCGUUUGUUGGCGUCCCUUUGAGCUGAUGUCUGCAGCACCACUCUCUUUUACAUAAUAAAUGAAUUGCAUUUGUAUAGUGCAUGUUCCUGCUCAACAGCAAGCUCUAUGCACUUAACAACCUACAUUAUGACUCUCGUUAAGAGAAGAUGUGUGCAGAUUGGGGAGGGAGACCAUGGUCCACCCAGCGGGGGGGUUAUUAAACCUGUACCUUUGUCACUUUGACUUUGACUGUAUUUAUAUACGCCUUUACUCCUCUCACCGCGCUCAACCCCCUGGUAAUCAUAAAUGGAUUGUGCUGUACUGCUCCCAUAGAGAAAGUGUUUGAAUGUUGCUCACUGUUUAUAUACCGGAAAUGUGCACUGAUCUGUCACCGUCGUUUUAUGCAUGAAAAAUGUCGAAAUUAUGCAAACUUAGCCUAAAAAUGUGAAAAUAUGCGAUUCUGUUAAUUUUAACAAAGAAUGAUAAAGGCAGGAAAAUAAUCAGAAAUUAUGCAAAAAAA